GGUUUUCUAGUUACGGGCACCACCGCUUCCUGAAGGGUGCGCCACUUCCUUUCAGAAGGCUGAUGGGAAUUGCAGUCCUUACUGCCUGCAACCGUGUUAGUGAGCCGUUUGCUACAGCGAUUACGUGGCUUGAGAGCUGGAGUGGUGGCGGGAGGCAGGCAGGCGCGCUGCAUGAUGGCGGCUCCCGGCUGCGGCUUGCGUGUGCUCUUGCAGCUGCUGCUUCUUGUGGCCGCGACUGUGUCCCCGGGAUGGGGUCUUUACUUCCACCUGGGCGAGACCGAACGCAAAUGUUUCAUCGAGGAGAUCCCGGACGAGACCAUGGUCAUCGGGAAUUACCGGACGCAGCUAUUUGAUAAACAACAAGAGGCGUACCUUCCUGCUACCCCCGGACUGGGCAUGUUUGUAGAAGUGAAAGACCCUGACGAAAAGGUGGUGUUGUCCCGGCAGUAUGGCUCAGAGGGCAGGUUCACCUUUACUUCACACACACCUGGAGAGCAUCAGAUCUGCUUGCAUUCCAAUUCUACCAAGUUUUCCCUUUUUGCAGGGGGCAUGCUGAGGGUCCACCUGGAUAUCCAGGUUGGGGAGCACGCCAACGACUAUGCUGAGAUUGCCGCCAAGGACAAGCUGAGUGAGCUGCAGUUGCGUGUGCGCCAGCUCCUGGAGCAGAUAGAGCAAAUCCAGAAAGAGCAGAAUUAUCAGCGGUGGCGAGAAGAGCGCUUCCGGCAAACCAGUGAAAGCACAAAUCAACGGGUGCUCUGGUGGUCCAUUGUCCAGACCCUCAUUCUUGUAGCCAUUGGUGUCUGGCAGAUGAGACAUCUGAAAAGUUUCUUUGAGGCCAAGAAGCUGGUAUAAAAAAAGGUGACGUCUGGCCUGGAUCUGACACAGGAGCAGUUCCCAGCCCCUCAGGUGUCUGCACUGGUCCCUCUUCUCAGUCAUCCUUCCACCAGACUGGUUGUUGGCCAGGAUCAAUGUCAUCUACCUCUCUCUGCCCCUGCCUUUUCCUCUUCACUUUCAAACCCUGCCCCACUGUGAUUCCAGUGCAGUGUGUUGGCCCCUAUGACGCAGUGUCUCUUCUCCAGACAACUGAGGCCUGCCUACACCUUCUGCCUCUCAUGCUAUCUACCACUGUGUGAGAAGAUGGUGGGAGAACUGUGUGUACAGCUUUUCUCCUACCUGAGAGUAUCCCUCAUCAAAAUUAGACUCUCUCCUGAGGGCCACUCAGGACCCUUUCUUUAGCCAGCAUUGCAAACAUCAAAGCCAAGAAACUGAUGCCAGUUUUGAACCCUGCUGUAUUCACACUGUCUGACUACUUAAUGUUGCCAGUAUGUUGCUCAGAGGGAAAAUGCUGAAUGAGAAGACCUGCUCCACCUUCAGUUCUCUGAAGUUCUCAAGUGCUGGGUAUUCAUACUGUGAAAGGAAUGCAGAAUGAUUUUUGGAUUAACUGCUAUGUGACUGGUGGAGCAAUAUUGUGAUUAUUUCUAAGAUACUUUUCUCUCUCUGUGUGUGUGUGUAUGUAUUUGGGGCAGGGGUGAGGGCGGCAGAGAAGAGGGGUGUAUGAUAACCACUGGGAUAUCAAUCAGGGAUAGCUAAGUACUGAAAUUUACUUGAUUUUCCUAUUGUCUUCCUCCUGUAGCUUGUUAGAAUUAAAUGAGCUUUUCUUGUAGAACUACUACAACAAUAUUUAUGUACCGCUUUUCAACAAAAGUUCACAAAGCGGUUUACAUAGAAAAAUAAUGAUAAAUAUGGCUCCCUAUCCCAAAAUGGCACACAAUCUAAAAAUAAACCUAAGGUAGACACCAGCAACUGCCCCUGGAAGAAUGCUGUGCUGGCCUGGGGUUGAACAGGGACGGUUCCUGAUAAACAUAAGAGAAUUGCCACUGCUCAUUUAGCAGGGUUGCUGUAUACAUAUAGCCACUGUUCUUCUGACAGAUUGGGUAUUUCAUUUCCUUACUAAUGCGAGCAUAUGAGCAGUUUUAAGUUUGGUUCUACAAGACUGCUGUUCUUAUAGCAGGACUAUAUGAUGAUGUGCUUCUAUGAUAAUCCAGUUCUAGCUUUCCCAUUGAUAUUCAGUGGGACUCCCUUCCAAGUAACCAUGUUUAAAGUUUGCAGCCCACGUCUCCUUGGGGUUUGUCUUUCUAGAUAUAUUUGGGGCAUCUAGCAAACUGAUGCUGUAUGGAUACUAUUUGAAAAUUAUGCUAAGCAUCCCCUCUUUCCCCCACCCCCAGUUUGUAAUACAAGGUUUUUGUGGGUGGGAGAACAAAAGGAUUAUGUCUGGAGGAUUGAAGUGAAGAGUCUGUUACUGAUAUUCGUUUUUUGUUUGUUAACAUUUGUUCUAAACAAGCUUUUGGAGAAAUGUU